UUAUAAAUUAAACUCCAUCAUAGGUAGAUAAAUACAGGAAAAAUACAUAUUGUAUAUAGAGUUUGGUACUAUCCGCUGUUUUAGGCAUCCACUGGGGGUCUUGGAACAUAUGCCCCAUGGAGAAGGGGAACUAGUGUUUCUGUUUCUUUGCUUGGUUAUCAGUUUUGCAGGUUAUGACGUAAUACAGUACUGCUUUCUUUGGUAGCUGUUACCGAAUUUGUAAAAUUUACUUACUUUUUAUCACUUUUAAAGUUCAAAAAAGAAGUAUGAGGGGAAAAGUGGAUAAAAUGUGAAGGCAUUUGGUGCUAUGGAGGGAUGGUGGUGAGCACUGUUAAGUGGUGAUGAGGCAGGGAAUGAGAAAGAUGCAUGCUUUGUAAACGAGUUUCUCUUCAGUCACAGUACUGACCAAAUCCAGCUUUAGCUCCACAAGGAAUUGAGCACUCUUUUGAAAUAGAUAGGUCUGUCUUUGCAUAUUUUACAAAUCUUCAUUGGCUAUGCUAUUAGCCAUAAAAGCUUCAUUUAGCUACAUAUUCUAUGAAUCAGAUUUUAAUAAUAUUUGUGUCUCAGAACUCAAGCUGGUUGAAUCAAAUUUUCCACAACUCAGAGGAGGCAAAAAUGUACAAAACAAUGAAAGAAAAUACGUCUUUAUUUGCAUGGAUGCAAAUGUGAGUUUAACUUUGCUUCAUAAUCAUCUAUGAAAUAUUUCUGCCCAUGGUGAAGACAUAAAUUUCUUAGCUGGGGCUCAGCAGAGAAAUUGAAGGAAAAAAAGAUGUCACCAGUACAGCUAUGUGAAGAUCAAUCAGCAAACUUUAGAAAUUUCCACUUGACAUUGAGCUAACAAUGAAAGAAGGAGCAGAAAAAGGAGAAGGAAGAAGAACUCCACUGUCCACUCAAGGAUAUGAAUAGCAUUUUAGAUCAGUGAAUAACCAGCAGCGAUAUUAGACUUUGAACUUUCUCUGUUCUGACAUGGAAAGUGCCCUGCUGAGUAUCCUCACUCUUGUAAUAAUUGCAGAAUUCGUAAUUGGGAAUUUGAGCAAUGGAUUUAUAGUACUGAUAAACUGCAUUGACUGGGUCAGUAAAAGACAGCUGUCCUCAGUUGAUAAAAUCCUCACAUUCUUGGCAAUCUCCAGAAUUGGGCUGAUCUGGGAACUAUUAGUAAGUUGGUUUUUAGGUCUGCAUUAUCUAGCCAUAUUUGUGUCUGGAACAGGGUUAAGAAUUAUGAUUUUUAGCUGGGUAGUUUCUAAUCACUUCAGUCUCUGGCUUGCUACAAUCCUCAGCAUCUUUUAUUUGCUCAAAAUAGCAAGUUUCUCUAGCCCUGCUUUUCUCUAUUUGAAGUGGAGAGUAAACCAAGUGAUUCUGAUGAUACUGCUGGGAACCUUGGUCUUCUUAUUUUUAAAUCUGAUACAAAUAAACAUACAUAUUAAAGACUGGCUGGACCGAUGUGAAGGAAACACAGUUUGGAAUUUCAGUAUGAGUGGCCUUCCAACAUUUUCAGUGCCGGUCAAAUUCACCAUGACUAUGUUCAGUCUAGCACCAUUUACUGUGGCCCUCAUCUCUUUUCUCCUGUUAAUUUUCUCCUUGCGGAAACAUCUCCAGAAAAUGCAGCUCAAUUACAAAGGACACAGAGAACCCAGGACCAAGGCCCACAUAAAUGCGUUGAAAAUUGUGAUCUCAUUCCUUUUACUCUAUGCCAGUUUCUUUGUAUGUAUUCUCAUAUCAUGGAUUUCUGAGCUGUAUCAGAAUACACUGAUCCACAUGUUUUGUCAGACGAUUGGAGUCUUCUAUCCUUCAAGCCACUCCUUUCUUCUGAUUCUAGGAAACCCUAAGUUAAGACAGGCCUCUCUUUUGGUGGCAGCUAAGGUAUGGGCUAAACGUUGAGAAACUCACAAUUUCAUAAGCCAUUCAGACCACAGAUUAUUGAAUAUUGUAGACAGAAACAGGAGUCUAUGAGGAGUUUAAAAAUAUUUUAUACUUUCCCUAGUUUCUUCUAUUGUGAAGGUGGUCACUACAAUUUUUAAAAAUUCUUCUCUAUAAUAGCAUCUUACCUAAGAAUAUUAUGUAUUUAUGACAUAUAUUUCUACAUUAUUAGGAAUUUGAAACUUAUUUGAGGAAAUCAUUGGUAGAUUCUACUGUAAAUUAAAAACAUAUACUACAGCAUACUUAGAUGUUAAUUGUAAAUCUAUAGUCUUUUGUCUGGCAAUGGCUCUUCAAUUCUAAAUCACUCAUUGGGAUGGGUGAUUUAGGUAAUUAUUUUAUUAUAUCAUGUACUCCUAUUUAAAUGGUGAAUUACAGAUAACUAGAACAGUUAUUUGGAAUAGAAUUAAGGGAAGUUUGGACUUGCCACUAUUACUAUGCUGAUGGGUUACAAAAAGUUUAAUAUGAGUAACUGCCACAUAAAAAGAUAAGUGUUUGUUAGGAAUUAUAUUGUAUGUAUGUGUACAUACAUAUUUUACAUCAUGCCUUUUAAAAUAAAUAUUAUUGAGACAUAAUUUACAUAUAAUAAAAUGCAACAUGUUAGUCCACAUUUUGGUUAGAGUUUUGACAAUAGUGUACACCUGUGUGACCACAAUGUCAGUGCCCUUUGCAGUUUACCCUCUCCUCACCAGCCCUUUUUCCCAAGCAACUACUUAUCUGUUCUUGGUAACAAUAAGAAAGUUCUUUGAUUUUUAGAAUUUAUAUGGCUAUAGAUAUAUAGAUGCUAUAUAUAUAUAUACACACACACACACACACGCACACAUACACAUUUACAGUUAUCGAGUGUCCACUAUUAUAUGUGAGGCUUCUUUAACUCAGCAUGUUUUUGAAGUUCUUCUAUUUUGUUGUAUUAAUCAGUAGUUUGUUCCUGAGCAGUAUUCCUGAAUAGUAUUGGAUAUACCACAUUAAAAAAUUUAUCUUUCCUGUUAAUGAACAUUCAAAUGGUUUUUAAUCAUUGGCCAUUAUAAAUAAAACUAUAUCAACAUUCAUGUGUGUCUCUUCUUCUGGAUAUACAAUUUUCUCACUCUUGAGUAAAUACCUACAAGUAAAAAUGUCAAAUCAUAUGAUAAGUGUAUGUUUAACUUAAAAAAAAUGCUAGAGUUCUAUGGAGUGGCUGCACAAUUUCAUAUUAUUGCCAGCAAUAUACAAGAGUUUCAGUUAUUUCACAUUCUGGCCAACAGUUGGUAGGUACUCUGUUUUAUUUUUUAUUUUUUGGCCAUUCUAGUCAGAAUGUAAUGACAUCUCAUCAUAGUUUUAAUUCACAUUUUCCUAAUGGCUAGUGAGGCUGAACAUUUUUUCAUGUGCUUUGGGUCAUUCAUAAAACCUCUUUUUAUGAAAUGUUUGUUUAAACCUUUUGUCAACUAUUUAGCUUGAUUCGUUGCUUUCUGUUUUUGUUACUGAGUUGUAAAUGUUCUCUAUAUAGUCUCUGUAUUAGUUCGUUUUCAUGCUGCUGAUAAAGACAUACUCAAGACUGGGUAAUUUGUAAAGAAAA